UCCUUUGUGUGUUUCGGCCUGCUCGUGAACGUACCGACUGGGGCCCCCCUUUAUAAAAAAAAAAUAUCGUAGUGGACACCGAUUGUGUGUAGUGACGCCGGCGAAGGAUACUUGUUGGCCAUGACACAGCACGCGGCUGUCACAGUGGCCCUGACACUGGGAAGGAGUCUAGUCAGCACCCCCUGUAGGUUCUAAGAAUUCACCCUGCCACCCCCACCCUGCCCUCCCUGCUUGGCGGCAACGCCACAAGCCUCAGCAGGAAAGAUGCCACAAGAAAGUUUGAAGAUGAUCAGCAACUCCAUUAGCAUGGGGCUCGGCCGUAGUCCGCUUGGUCUCAACCAACAGGUUGCUGGUGGCUCGCGGUCGUCUGUGCUUUUGUCUCGCGUCGACUUUGAGCCGGGCGACGGCGGGGGAAAGCUCUCCACAGAGGCGCUGAGGGCUAAGUAUUCACCGCUGUCCCCAUCGCCAGUGCACAACGGCCAGCUGAGCAAGAACAACUCCCUGCAUAAGAUAGGAGGCAAGGUGAUGGUGAACGGUGCCGCCCUGACGAACGGGGUGGGUGGCGGCGGCGACGCCGGGAACAAGGUGGCACGCCGAGAUGACGGGUGCGGCGAAGACGGCAUCCCAGAGCCCCGGGUGCGGCUCCACUCCUCAGACUCCAUCUUGUUGGACUGGCGGGAGCAGCGGCGCAUCGGCGCUGGGCUCAUCAACAUGGGCAACACCUGCUUCAUGAACACGGUCAUCCAGUGUCUGACCUACUGCCCGCCCCUGGCCAACUACCUCCUGCACCAGGACGACCACUGCACCAAGUGCAAGACACUGAACUUCUGCAUGAUGUGUGAGCUCCAGAGGCACAUGAAGCGCGCCCUGGAGAAGUCUGGUGACACCAUCAAGCCCCUGUACAUAUACCAGCGGCUCAAAGCCAUAGCGAAGCACUUUCAGUUCGGACAACAGGAGGAUGCCCACGAGUUCCUCCGCUACGUCAUUGACAACCUCUGGAAGGCAGCGCUGGCCAACUACGACGGUGACGUCAAGCUGGACCCUGCGAGCAAGGAAACAACCGUCGUCAAUGAGAUUUUUGGUGGCUACCAUCGGAGCCAAGUGACUUGCAUGAAAUGCAAGGAGAAGAGCAACACUUACGACCACUUCAUGGAUCUCAUCCUUGACAUCAAGAAUGCCUCCAGCUUGGAGACGGCCCUGGAGAAGUUUGUGGAGCCCGAGCUGCUGCAGAACGACAACGCCUACAAGUGUCCACGCUGCAACAUCAAGGUGAUGGCUCAGAAGCGGUUCACCGUCCACCGGGCGCCCAACGUGGCCACCUUCCAGUUGAAGAGGUUCGACGCCAACCGGAUGUUUGGUGGCAAGAUCACGAAACACGUGAGCUACCCCGAACACCUGGAGCUGCGGCCGUUCAUGUCAGACAAGCACGGCGAUCCGGUGACGUACCGGCUAAACGCCGUUCUGGUGCACCUGGGCGCCAGCUGCAACUCGGGGCACUACUUCUGCUUCGUGCGCAAUUCCAAUGGCAGCUGGUACUGCAUGGACGAUUCUCGGGUGCACCAGGUGAGCUUGGGCCAGGUCCUGAACCAGCAGGCAUACGUCCUCUUCUACGUCCGAACGCCGUCGGAGUCGCAGGAGAACCACAUUGUGAAGAAGUCCAACUCCGUGGCCACGUUGUGCAGCCGGACUGCUACUCCCGAGCCAAUCCGGAACGGGCAGCUGUCCGUGGCCGCGGAGAGGAGCACCCCGCAGAGGCCGAAGCAGCCCCCGCCCAGGUCUCCCUCGUCGCCCGCGGCUGUAUCCACGGCCGGAGCAGCAGCCGCAUCGUCGUCGUCGUCCGUCGCCACCCAGCCGUCGCCCCACCGGACGGCGGUGGCCACAUUGCCCUCGACAUCAACGCCGCUUCCCGACAAUCGCCCUAAAAUUGCUUUCGGAAUCGGCGCCUCGUCUUCGUCCUCCGCCGCAGCAUCUCCCUCCCCAUCGACUUCUCAGCGAAGCAUUGGGCCGCCUAAACCUCCUGCUCCAACGGCGCCUACAAAGCCCGCUGCGGAGAAGCCGGUUGAGAGGCCCGUGAACAAGCCGCUCACUCCGCUUGCCCUGGGUGACAUGAGUCUGGUUCCGUACGCUGGGGACUCAUCGGAUGCGUCGGACAGCGACCGUACAGACGGAACCAUUGACCGGCGGAAAGGGACGGCGGCUCAGACACACGCCUCGGACACUCCCAGGCCCAAGGGUUCCUCGACCUGGCAGGUUUCGGACGUGAACCUGCUCUCCCCAGCCAUCUCGGUGGAGUCGAGCACGACGAGCGUCAACUCCACGACAGACUGGAACGUGACGGACAAGGAGCGGCCUUACGAGGCCCGCAAGCCGGUCGCCGAGGAGUUUCCAGGCUGGACCGUGGAGCCGGCAGCCGCUUCCGCUGUCGCGCCUGGUGCGGCGGAGCCGUCGUCGCUGCCGGGGAGUUCUAGGGACGCCCCUUCAAAGCACGUCCAAGACGAAGACGGGCCGGUCGUCACAGAGGACAAAGACCAACAGCUGCGGCCCUUUCUUGGCGACGGACGCGUUGGCGUCGUCGAUUCCACCGAGACUCAACCUUCUGGUGACGGUGCGCGAGGCGGUGACGCGCUGUCUCCAGCGAGUGAACUUGCCACGGGUCACGACGGCGGCGCGGCGGCGCCAGUCGACGAGCCCCCAGUGCGGCCUGUUGUGCCUCCGCCGAAUUCGACGGCGCCGGCUCCCAUCGCCAACGGAUGUGUGAGGGCCUCCGUCACGGCAGACACGGACGACAGCAGUGAUUCGCAUGAGUGGGUUGAACGGACAAAGGAAACGUUAGCUGCCGAACGGCGCCACUCGUCGAGCAGCAAAGCCACAGUCCACAAGUGGGACGCGCGGCCGAGCGUCAACGGCUCCAGGGAAGGGUCGUUAGCGUCGUCGCACUGGAACGGCAGCAACGGCAGUGCCAAGAGGCAGGCGGACAUCGUCGGCUACCUCCAGAGCAACGGCUCCCGGCAGUACGGCUACGCCGUGAACGGAUGGCGCGGCCGAGGCUCGGGAGGCGGCGGCUACCACAACGGCUACGGCAACGACCGAGGUGGCGGCGGCGACUUCUACCGGGACAAGCGGAAACACUACGACGACUACGAAAGUUACGACGCUGAGUAUGACAAGGGCAAGCAAAAGCGCACGAAGAACGGCUUCAGUCAACACUCGGGGUCGCACUACCGCAACGGGUCGAACCCGUUCCAGGAGGCGCAUAACUUCAGGAACCAGCAAGGCGGCGGCGGCCACCGGUUCCACCACCACCAGCAGUUCCACCAGAGGUUCCAGAAGGGCCCACCUCCAUUCUACGCCCGGCAUCACCACAACAACAACCGUCAGCACUCCAACUACGGACCGCCCCGCCGGAAGCACCACUACAGUCGCACCCGAUAGCGAGAAUGCGGGAAUGGGGGCCAACACGCAGUGCGAUUCAACCUAUAAACGGGCAAGAUUGUGCCGACUCGGAAACAAAGAACUGCAGACUGCGCAGUUGACGGCGUUUCCGUCGUCAGCCCCUCUCGUCUCGGCGCAGAGAGCCUCUCCUGUUGAUGAGUGCAUUUGUGGGACGCGACGUAGAAGGUGCACUGUUCAGCUGCGGAAACCGAGGUGUUUUGUUAGCCUUCGCGAUGGACCGUUCUUCCGCAGUGCUUUCUCAGCUCCAAGGCAGCGCCAUCGACCUGAAAGUGCGUCAUCCACUGCAACGUUCGCCGGAGUGUUGGACUUGUAAUCUAACGGGGAGGGAGGACUCUCGCAGGCGGCUAACGUCCAGCCCACGUCAGACUUGCUCCAAACAUUGCGACAGUGUUCGUUGCCGGCUUGCCUCGUCGCAUUCGAAGUCUGCGUGGUGCAGUAAGGCAGACACGGACUGCCUUGCGCGUCUGUCAGCAUGGUGACGCGGGUCUCAGCUGAAGUGUGCGACUUUUCACGCGAUUGGGUGAACUUUCAAAAACCGGCCUGUGUGUUCUCUUUCUGCUCUCUCGCUUGGUGAACGACCGGACUGAGCCCGUUCGUUUUUGGUCGAUCUUCGAAGUCACCUCGUGGUCCAGCUGCUGUGGAGACACGCCCGCCAACGCUGCACCGCUACACGAACAUAGACGAGCUUUCUGCCACCCCUGCACCGUUGACCGUGUACUAUCACAACUAGCCAUGGACACAAAGCCUUUUCAUCACUGUCUGAAUCAGACUUGUUAAUAUUCUUUUUCUUCGGGAAAACGUCGGUGGACUUAUGUUGGGUAGAAUGUUACUGGCAGAGGUGUGCUUUCAUUUAAAGAACUCCCCCAUUUUAUUAUUGCCCUCCGUGUUAAUUUGUGCUUGUUCUCCGCAAACUUUUUUUUUUCUGUUCUCACUCGCUUAGUUUCUGUAAACAUUGCGUUUGCGGUUCGACCGCUAAGGAAGUGACGUCCUUCACGGGUGGCGAGACUUUUCUGCGUGUGUGAAGUUGUGCUAAAAUAGGAAUUCGGUCGUGGUAGGAACUGUUGGCUUUGUGGGGAAAGUGAAAAAAAAAAAAGCGUCAUUGUUUCCUUUUCGAGUACUUGGAUAUAAAGUCUGUAGGAGUUACCUACACUGACAACUCUCUACUCUCUUUCCUUCCCUUGCAUGAUGUUCAUGGACUGUGUGCAAGAUAAUCCGAUUUCUUAGUGCACCAGAGGUCACAGAAAUGUUCCGAGUUUUUUUCGUGGCAUAUGUUAAAACAGUGUCACGUAGAAAGUUGCAAAAGACAGAAAGCUGCAUGAAAUAUCACUUUUGCAGACACAGUUCUUCUGACCUCACAUCGACAGCUUUUUUUUUUUGUAUAUGAAACUUGUCACAUUAGUGAGCUGUCUCACAAAAAAAAAACGUAAUAAAGGAGACCGCGAACAUGCAGCAAA